GCCUUCCAGACGUGGUUCAAAAAGUGCGAGAUUACGAAUCCAGCUUUAUCAAUUGACUACUUCUGUUAUAUAAUUUUGGCCCCCGACAGGCCCCCGGAAAAUUUGUAUUAUUAAUUAUUAAUAGAACUUGAGGCACGACAGAAAUAGUAGUGAAAGAUAUAAAACACUUGGCGCAAUGGCCGACAGACCGAAGGAAGCAAGGGCGUCGAAGCCGCUGAAACCGGUGACAAAGACGGCCGAUCCGAUUAUCUCGCAGAUCGGCGACUUUCGGCGUUAUCAGCUGUUCUACUUCUUCCUCAUCCUGCUGUGCAAAUUCGGUACGGGAUGGCACACACUGGGUCACAUUUUCCUAGCCGCCCCCACGCCCUUAUCCUGCACCACGGCCAACGUCACAGAUCCCUGUAGUGACGAGUGCUCGGAGACCGAGUUUGAUACCAGCGUCUUCAAGUCCACGAUUAUAACCGAAUGGGAUCUCACCUGCAACAAGAAGCAGCUGGCCAGCUUGUCCCAAUCCCUCAUAAUGCUGGGCGUUCUAAUCGGCAGCUUGGUUUUCGGCAUGUUGGCCGAUCGAUUUGGUCGCCGUCCUGCUUUCCUGACUAGCUGCUUCAUGCAGCUGAUCACUGGACUGAUCGUCUGCGUUUCGCCCGCCUUCUGGUUCUACUGCCUCUUCCGGUUUCUGGUGGCUGUGGCCACGGCGGGUACGAUGACCACCAGCUUCGUCCUGCUCAUGGAGAUCGUGGGGCCCAAGAAGCGCGAAUUGGUGGCCAUUCUCUACCAAUUGCCCUUCAACAUCGGCCACGCCUCCUUGGCGGUGUUCGCCUACUUUAUUCGCGAGUGGCGAUGGUACCAGUUCAGCAUUACCAUCUUCUCGGCCGUGUUCGUAAUCUACAUCUGGCUGGUGCCGGAAUCCCCGCGCUGGCUCUUCACCACCGGCCGGGUGGACAAGUCCGUCAAGAUCCUGGAGAAGAUCGCCAAGUGCAACAGGGCGCCGACGGAGACAAUACGGCCGGAAAUCGAGGCGGCCCACGCGGCACUGGCAGCCCGUCAGCCGGUCAAAAGGGGAACCAUGCUGGAUCUCUUCCGCACCCCGUUCAUGCGGAUAAAGACUAUCUGCAUGGCCAACAACUGGCUGGUGGUCUGCAUGGUCUACUACGGCACCGCCCAGUAUGUCUCCAAGCUGGGCGGCAACAUCUUCAUCAGCAACUUGAUUGCCGCCGCCGUCGGAGUUCCGGGCACCUGUCUCUGUGUGAUCCUCACCAAGUACCUGGGUCGCAAGUUGACCCUGCUGCUGUCCAACGGAUGCGCUGCCUUGGGUUUGAUCCUCUUAGCCUGCCUUUCCACCCAGGGCGAGAUGGUCAGGGUGGCCUGCGCCACCAUCGGCCUGUUCGGAGCCUCGGUCACCUUCCCGAAUGUCUAUCUGUACGGCGGAGAGCUCUUUCCCACGGUGGUGCGAUCCAGCGGAGUGGGACUGUGCUCGAUGGUCGGCCGGGUGGGAUCCAUUGUGGCGCCACUGAUCGUCGAUCUGGAUGAAUUUGGCCUGUGGAUAGCGCCCCUCAUCUUCGGGGCCUUCUCCAUUCUGGCCAUCGUCGGCACUCUGUUUAUUCCGGAGACUCGAGGAGCUCCGCUGCCGGAGACCCUGGAAGACGGCGAGAAUUUCGGACGCAAGAAGAAGCCGGCGGCAUAGGGCUUUUCUCGCAGUGCAGCGAAUCGGCGGCUCUGGCGAGAAUUCAUAAUUUUCGGGCCCAGCCAAGCCGCUAAUGCCGGGCUCUAAAAUUAUUAAAUUUCGUCUUUAGCUGCGAUUUAUACGAUGCGAUAUGUCAGUCACCUCCAAACUGCCGUUCGUGCCGCAAACGAGAGGUAAGAAAGAAAUAGUAAAAAAAGAAUUGAAAAA